ACUUUUGACGUUUUAUAAAAUCUCUUCAACAAAAAAAAAUUAUCCAGUGUCCUUUAUUGUAAAAGCUUGUCCUAGCGAAAUGAAACACUAACAAUUAUCUAAUCUUUUGAAAUAGCUUUUCGAGGUCGUUCAGAAGGAAAUAAAGACGUAGUGGGAGUGCACUAAAGGAAGUUAAACAUUAGGGAUAAUAACUCGUUUAUCAAGUAGCAAAAUCAUUUUGAUAUUAUAAACUCAUCCGUGCUUAUCUCUGACAGUGGUCGAGGCAAAGCGAAUUUUCUAAACGUUUUCUUUUAAAAAUGAGUCAAAUCACGUUAGCUUAUUGGGAUUUACGAGGUCUUGGAGAACCAAUUCGGUAUCUACUUCAUUACAAAAAUGUAAAUUUCGAAGACAAGAGGUAUCAAGAUCCUGAUACAUGGCAAAAAGAAAAGUUCACCUUAGGCUUGGAUUUCCCAAAUUUGCCCUAUUAUAUUGAUGAUAAAGUCAAGUUGACACAAAGUACCACAAUUCUGAGGUACUUGGCAAAAGUAUAUGAUUUGGAAGGAGAAACCGAAGAAGAAAAAGUAAGAGCCUCGUUAGUUGAACAACAGAUAUCGGAUCUUCGCAUGUUGUUUAUCCGGAACGUUGCUUACACAGAUUCUGAUGAAACACGAAAAGAAGCUUUAAACGCCAUUCCUGGUAUGUUGAAACUUUAUGCUGAAUUUCUUGGGCAUAGAAAAUUCUUCGUCAGCGAUAAUAUCACUUAUGUAGACUUUCUGGCAUAUGAAACUUUUGAUUUUUGUGUCUUGUUUUCAAAGACAGUUUUGGAUGAUUUUCCAAACCUCAAAGCUUACCAUGAAAGAGUCAGAAAUUUACCUGAACUGCAAGAAUACUUCAGUUCAUCGAAAAGAUGGCCAAUUGUUGGACCACUAGCCCAUUGGGGAGGCAGUGGAGAAAUGCCAGAAUAGGUUGACAGAAUUUAUUCAUUGUCUCCUCUUCUGCAUUGCAAACAACCUGUCAAGUUUUCAUUAAGCAUGCUGAAGAUCCAUACUUUAAAAAUCGUAACAUAAGAGGAAGCAUAAAGAGCGGUAGUUAAAGUGUUCAGAGGAAAAUGUUUUGGCCUUAAAAGGGACUUUCAUAAUCAUUUAUAACUUUUUUAUCUUAACUUACUUAAUUAUCUUAAUUAAUCUUAUUAGGACUUUAAUAAUCUUAAUUAUGAUUUUUGUUCUAAAUUUUUUGGGGGGUUAUCAUGGAAGCAAAUUCAAAAAAAAAAAAAAUGUGCAGUAUGUUUUACUGGGUUAAUAACAUUUUACUGUGGCCUAUGUAAAAUUGCUACACAAAACUUUUUAAAUAUUUUCUAAACAUUUAAUCUGAGAUGAUGUGCUAUUAUAUAUUCUUUGUAGAUAAAAUUUCAAAUUAUAUUUUUAUUAUUAAACAGUUUAAGAUUCUUUCUUUUGUGUUAUAUCGUAAAAUUUUAAUGUUAAUACUGCAUAACGUAUAUGCAUUUUACAUAAAAAUAUUAAUAAAUCUUUGUUACAGUUUUCUUCCACUAAUCUUUUUUGUUCUUAUUCUGUUCUUUUUAGAUGCUAGAAAUCAGUCAAUGAGAUCUUAUAUAAGUUUGUUCAUUGAUAUUUUCAGUAUAUUCUAUUAAAGUUUUUUGCUUAAACUGA